UCCCGCUGGGCUCCCUUCGCCGCUUCUCUUCAGCGGGCAGCGUCGUCGUCGUCGCCGCCGAUCCACCUGGGUCCCGCCAUGGAGGGGCUGCGGGGUGGCCUGAGCCUCGCCGGGCUCCUGUCGUUGCUGCUCGUCGCCGGCGUCAUGAAAGAGGCCAGCACACAAGUGUUGUGUGGAGUGCCUGCCAUGGGACGGAUCGUGGGCGGUUCUGAUGCUCGAAGCGGACAGUGGCCAUGGCAGGCCAACCUGAACUUCAAUGGUAAUCAUGCCUGUGGGGCAACCCUCAUUGCCCCCCAGUGGUUGGUUACAGCUGCACAUUGCUUCCCCAAGGUGAAUCCGAUCGAUAUGUAUGAAGUGACACUGGGGUCCUUCCAGCUGAAAAACCCCUCACCAGACAUCCAAGUGACGCUAGUAGAAGAGGUGAUUAAGCAUCCUGACUUCAAUGAAGAUGCAGGCUCUCAAGGGGACAUUGCCCUGGUGAAACUCAAAACCCCCAUUACAUAUUCUCGGACUGUCCGGCCGAUCUGCCUGCCUGCCUCUUCAGUCACCUUCCCGCAGGGCAUGACCUGCACCGUCACCGGCUGGGGGAAUGUUCUUGCAGCUACGAGUCUUCCCUCACCUAUGACACUUCAACAACUCGAAGUGCCCAUCAUUGGUCUAGACACCUGCAAGUGCCUGUACAGAAGGAACCCAGAUCCUGAGGAGCCCCACACCCUCCACAAUGACAUGAUGUGUGCUGGCUUUGCGGAAGGCAAGAAGGAUGCCUGUCAGGGUGAUUCUGGAGGCCCCCUUUCCUGUCUUGUUGACAAGGCCUGGUUCCUGGCUGGCGUGGUGAGCUGGGGAGACAACUGUGGGGCCGCCAAUAGACCGGGCGUCUACAUCCGCCUUCCUGUCUACACCGACUGGAUUAAGGGGAAAGUCCCAGAAGUACAGCUUCAACAAGUGACAGUCCCUCCAAGGCCCACCCCCGAAGAGGCCUUGUGCUCCAAUUCUACAGGAGGGGGAGGCCCCUAUGACGACCUCCAGCCCUCACCAGGCUGGAACCGGCCCCUUACCCCGGACAAGAGCCCUCCCAACGGUUCCCCUUCCAGAGCCUGCAUGGUUGGUCUACCACUUCUCCUCCUCCUCCUCUUCCAGAGCUGGCUGUGGUAAUUUUCUACUCCCACCCCAAGUUGUGCAGGGAGUGUGGUUGUCUUCCUGUUUUUUUUUUUUUAUCCUCCUGGGGAUGGUCUCACUAUUUCAUCGCCUGCUGUGUGCUUCCAGCUUUCUCUCUGCACGCUUGGGGUGCGGAGAACGCAGCGGGAUUCCAUUAGGAAGCGGUACUCUUCCUCCGAAGCCCAGACAGACUCCUGAGGUGGUCAUCGCGCGUGCCUCUUGUCAAUCCACCUGCGGUCUUGGGUCUAGCAUGUGGCUUUUUUAAAAAGUUCACACUUCACUCCUAUCCCUGGUUUUUUACUCUUGAGGAUCUAAUUCAGGGGUAGUCAACCUCGGCUCUUUUAUGACUCGUGGACUUCAAUUCCCAGAAUUCCUGAGCCAGCUUAGGAAUAUGAUUUCUAAUUCAUAAUUUCCGGGAGUAUCUCUUUUUUUUUUUGCCCCUUCCCCACUGCCCACGACUUGCUUGGCCUUUUUUAAAAAUCAUAGCUGGAUACACAUCUGUAAUAAACCUCUCUUUUGCUACUGCGGACCUAAUUUCAUAAGUCAGUGGGAGCCUAGUCUCCUUUUUUAGGCAAAUUCCGGAACGGUAUGACUCAUCUCUCUCUGUUGAGUAUCUGGCGCUCUUCUCCAAUUGCAUUCCUGGCACACGUUUUGAAACGUGAUCGGUUUCAAGACAGGUUCCUUUCCUUGCCCAGUUCCUCCUUGCCUGCUCAUAAUGUGAAUGUGUAGCCUUCCUGACUGUUGCCGUGAAGGCAAGGCCCUCCGCAAUAGUUGGGACAUUGUUCAGAGGACCAAAGUUGAGCGAGCCCUUUGAAGAGAAAUCAGUCAGCCGAAUCCUUUCUUCCUUAGCAUUCAAUUGAGAUCGCGUUCGGAUAUCUGGCCCAGCUGGAUAGUUCAGAGAGCAGCACAACGGCCCCUAACGUAAAAUGUCUCCCUCUUAAAAAGAUCCCUGUCUUGCCAAGUAUAUCAUGCCAUUAGUAACUUGGGAGGAUGGGGGAUUUGCACAGGGUUAGCAGGUCUACUCUUAGACUCUGUUAUGGUCUCAGCUUAUGAGGAAGAGGUCAAGAACACUGUUGGCUAAGUACAGCGCAGCCACCGAGCUCUGAAAAAGGGAUAAUAUGGUUGAGAAACACUGCUAUAGGGCCACUUCUACCCACGUUUGGUUUACUUGACCCUCAUUUCUCUCUCUCUUCUGGGCUCCCUCUCUGACUUGGUAUUUACCCACCCCUCCUUCUGGCUCACAGACUGAAUUAAAAAAAAAAAAAAGACUCAGCGGAGGUGCUGGGACUUUGAAACCAAGCUGUUGCCUUUUGAUCUUUGGCUGGGUGGUUAGGCCCACUUCUGCGCAUGCUGCUAGCCUUGUGGGUUUUGCCCCGAUUUAAGCCGGAAUUGUGCAGGGGUGGAAAUGCAGCCUCUGGAUGUUUCCGCUGUGUAAUUUAGGAAUUCCCUCCAAGCUGGGGCGAAGGCUGAGAGCAGAGAUUCUGGGCUGUUCUUGUGUGUGGACACCUCAGUUCAGAGAUAACCAUCCCGGCGGGUUUUCGUUCUGUGUUACCAAUUGUCAGCCUGACAGAUUUAUGGAGUAGUACGACUCCCGAUGUGAAGGAGAUGAAGGGGAUUGCUUUUUCCCCCCAGGUAUGCUUGGACAAAAAUGCUGCCAGCAUGGACGCCGGAUGAAAGGGAGUGGGACUCUUUUGCGGGAACAUCAAUGAUGAUCAAAAUUGCCCUCGGGGGGGGGGGGGAGAGAGGGUUGCAAUUGUAUUUAGAUAAUUUAUGUUUGCACACACUUUAAAAAAAAAAAAGAGCAAUGUACACAUCAUCUUUUAAGGAAGGAUUGAAAUCAGUUGCUGCUUUCGAGAUGAAGGGUUUUAAUAAAGUAAAUUGGUAAUUCUACAC